AUAGUUGUUUAUCUAUUUAAGGUUUAUCAGAGUUCUAACUCUUAUGCUUCUCUAGUUAUGGCUCACGCAGCUCUUAAGUGGUUUCACUCGUUCGGUUUAAGUAACGGCGCUAAUCCACUGGAUAGUUCGAUCUGUCAUAAUUUACUGGAGGCUGCUAGGCGUAAUAAGCCAGUUACUGUUAAAAAGGCGCCUAUCUCCGCUGAAAUUAUUAAGGAUAUUAUUGAUAAGUUCGCUGGAUCUUCUGCUAAUCUUAAGGACAUACGAGUUGCUUGUAUCUGCUCGUUAGGCUUUGCGGGGUUUUUUCGUUAUGAUGAGCUUAGUAACAUUGCGUCCAUGCAUCUUGAAUUUUUUCCUGAUCAUCUUAGAGUGUUUGUUCCCAGGGCUAAAAAUGACAUUUAUCGUGAAGGUAAUUAUGUCUAUAUUAAGAGGUUAGCUAACAAGUAUUGCCCUGUUGCACUUUUAGAAAGGUAUAUUUCCAUGUGUAACAUUGAACUUUCAAGUUCAGUUGCUCUCUUCCGUCCAAUAAGGUUAUUUAAGUCUACCAACACUUACAAGUUAUACGGAGGUAAAUUAUCAUAUACCAGAUGUAGGGAAAUCUUUAAAGAAUGCCUUAAAGAAAUAGGGGUGGAUCAUAAGUUGUACGGGCUUCAUAGUUUAAGGGCUGGUGGAGCUACCUCUGCU